UACUGGACGCCAUGUUGUGGAAACUAGCAGACAAUGUCAAGUACGAAGAAGAUUGCGAGGACCGGCACGAUGGAAGCAGCAACGGGAAUCCCAGGUUGCCUCACCUCUCCGCUGUCAGCCAGCACCUCUAUAGCCCAGCUCCCCCUCUUUCUCACUCGGGGACCUCCGAUUUCCAGCCACCUUACUUCCCUCCCCCCUACCAGCCUUUGCCUUACUCCCAGUCCAGUGAUCCUUACUCACACCUCGGGGAUCCUUUUUCUAUCAAUCCACUUCAUCAGCCGCCACCACCUCCUCCCAGCCAGCAGCAAACCAGCUGGCCCAGCCGUCAGAGCAACCAAGACCAUUCCGGUUUAUCCCACCAUGCCCGAUCAGGCUUGAUGCCUCAUCUCCCAGCUCUGGAAAGCGGCUCCCUUGGGACAAGAAGGGACACCUACAGGCGAUCUGAGCUGCUCCUGUCCCACGGCCAUGGGCUCGAUGCUUCCAGCCUGGCGGAGAACUUAGGACUGCAUGACAUGGCCCACCAGAUGGAAGAGGUCCAGAAUGUGGAAGAUCAGCACUUAUUAAUGCAUGACCAGACAGUCAUUAGAAAAGGUCCCAUUUCACUAACGAAAAACAAUGCAUUAGGUCUCCCUUGCCAGAAAGAUGGACUUCUGGGUGUAGUGAUCAAUCCCAACGAAGUGUUCUGCUCUGUUCCUGGACGGCUUUCUCUCCUCAGUUCAACAUCGAAAUAUAAAGUGACGGUGGCUGAGGUUCAGCGAAGACUAUCUCCUCCUGAAUGUCUGAAUGCGUCUUUGCUGGGAGGAGUCCUCCGAAGAGCCAAAUCUAAAAAUGGGGGCCGGUCACUAAGGGAGAAGCUGGACAAAAUUGGCUUGAACCUUCCUGCGGGCAGAAGGAAAGCUGCAAAUGUGACAUUACUUACAUCGUUGGUGGAAGGGGAAGCUGUCCAUCUUGCCCGGGAUUUUGGUUAUGUGUGUGAAACUGAAUUCCCCUCAAAAGCUGUGGCUGAAUAUUUAACUCGGCCCCAUCUGGGCCGGAAUGAGAUGUCCAGCAGGAAAAAUAUGCUCCUUGCCGCAAAACAGAUCUGUAAAGAAUUCACAGAGCUCCUCACUCAGGAUCGAACCCCUCUUGGUAAUGCGAGGCCAAGCCCUAUCUUAGAUCCUGGCAUCCAGGGAUGUUUGACUCACUUCAGCCUGAUCACACAUGGAUUUGGGAGUGCUGCCAUCUGCGCUGCCAUGACCUCUAUGCAGAACUACCUGAAUGAAGCGCUCAAACUAGCAGACAAAUCAUACAUGAAUGCAGGAGAUCAAAGCCCCCCAGAUGCCAAUAAGAACCUUGAGAAGAUGGACAAGCAUCGGAAGUGAGCAUGGAAAAGAUGAGAAAGAAAUGAAAAGUUACAGAGACACACACAGUGAAGACAGAUUUAAAAACUGUUACUGCACACAGACUUAAGA